CUGAUUGGUCAGAACUCGUGGAUGACGAAGAAGCUCUUUGCGAUUCGUCAACGCCCGCUUUCGAACGCAGUCUGUCCCUGCAUUUAUGGCGCAGAAGAGGCGCGUUAUUUGGCCGAAAUAAUUUGAAUUUGAAGCAUUGCAGUGUACUCCAUGCUAAAAAGUGGGAUAAGUAUUAAACAAAUUAUUCGGUGUUUUGCUUUUACGUUUCAAGUUAUUGGUGGAAGCGUAAAAAGGCGUUGAAAAGAGCACCGCUGUUUCUGGUUACGCGGCAACAAUGUCGAAGAACGCGGAGGUGGAGGAGGUGGAGGCCGAGGAGGAGAUUGAGGCCGAGCCCGAGGAGGAGGACGAGCCCGAGACCACCAACGCCUAUCCGUGUCCCACGUGCGGCAUGCUGUUCAGCGAGCUGGCCAUGUGCGAGAAGCACGCCCAGUUCUGCUCGGUGCCCGACGAUCCGGGCGUCGAAUGGAGCGACGAGCGCAUCCUGCUGCUCAUCGACUGCAUGCAGGCGCGCUACCAGAGGUACAUCCAGCUGCUGCCCAGGGAGCGCAAGAAGCACUGGAAGAUGACGGGACAGAUUGUGGGCGCCACCGGCGAGGAGGCGCGCAUGCGCUGGAACCACCUGACCGCCUCCUACAACCGGGUCCGGAUGGCCAUCUCGCAGGGCCGCAUGCGAGGCAACCCUUGGCGUUUCUUCAACAAGAUGGACAAGGUGCUGGGCGACGCGGCGGUGAACCGGCCCGAGUUCGUGCUCUCCUCGAUGCCGCUGGAGCCGGAUGAGGACGGCAGCGUGCAGACGGGCACGGGUAUGCUGCUGCCGGCUGACGCGGAGGGCGAGAUGGCCAGCACGUCUCGUCUGAUUGACAUCAUGGAGGAACGCUAUGAAGAGUACAGCAAGCUGUCUCCCAAGAACCGCAAGUCAUUCUGGCGGGAGAUCGGCGACCUGCUCAAGAUGCCCGGAGAGGAGGUGCGUGUCCGCUGGAACAUGUUGGUCGGCUCGUUCAAGCGCACCAGACAGAACCGCGACAACCUCGCCAGACGGUAUGGCCGCGAGCCGAAGAUCAAGUGGCGCUACUACGAGCAGAUGGAGCGUAUUCUGGGCGACCGUCUGAAUCCGACCAUCCCACUGAUGGUGAUAUCAUCUCGUACGCUGCCGCCGCUCUCCGGGUUCCCGCUCUCCACCGGUGCAAACAUGCUGACGGCCAGUAAACCAGCGGGCGGUAAACGCAAGCUCAAAGACAUCGCGCCGGCGCCUCCCAAACCGUCGGCCCCUACCAGCGCGGCCGGCACGCCCAAGGCAGCCGCCGGCACACCCAAGCUGAGCAAGGCGGCGAAGGCGGCGGCUGCGACGGUGGCGGCGGCGGCGGCGGUGGCCUCUCCCGGUAGCCAGACGUCCGUGUUCAAGCUGGGUCCGAACGGCGUGCUGCAGCCGCUGUCGCAGGAUGACGUGCCGGUGGCCUCCGCGCCGCCCGUGGAAGCCACCGUGCUGCAGGCGGGCACGCCGCAGCAGCAGCAGGCCGACAUCGAGGCGUUCGCCACCAAGCGGAAAGCGCUCUUCGUGGAGGACUACCUGCGGGCGAAGGCGCGCCGCGAGGAGCAGCGCCUCCAGCUGGAGGAGCGCCGCAUCCGUGCCCUCGAGAGGCUCGUCAACGUCAUGGAGGGGCGCAUUCACCCCUGAGACGCCGGUGGCGGCGAGUGUGCACGAACUGGCUGACAGGUGUGGGGAGUGGCGGACGGUAGGAGGCACGGACACCGAGGUGUCUGGCUCGUGGGGCGUUCAGUGUGCUUGAGUCGAGUGCCUGCGGAUUUUGCGAUUUGAUUUGGCGUUUGGCGGAGUCCGGACCGUGCGCGAUGGACGAAGUUACGGGACAGUGCGCGUCGCUGUUCUCGCGCGGGAGUGGAAUGCGCUGCUCCGGGUCUACCUGAUAUCAUCCGAUGUAAAUAGCAUCCAGGCUUUGUUCUCACGUUCAUCACCACAGCAGUGUUACGAUGUAUCAUAAUCUUCAGUGUGGCGAGAAUGAUAGCACUUGUUUUUCGUCGUUUGGAUUGACUACGCGAGCGAAAUCUGUGCGUUUUCUUUUCAUCAUAUGUCACUAGGCUUAUUUCGUGGUACCAUGAGCAUUGAGCAAAGCAUGGGAACAUUUUAAAUAUAGGUUUUCUUAGUUAUUUCCCCCUCUCGGUAUUGCGACACGGGCGUGUUCACAGCUCAUUGAAUUCAGACAUUUCUUGAGCUGGUUUGUUAACCUGAGAAAUGUCAAAUGAAUGUGACAUGUCGAUUGUCAGCUUGCGAUAUUUUGUGUAAUAUACAGUCUCGGGGGACAUA